UUUCAAACAUCGGCGGGGCUCUCUAUGCAGAUUCGCUUCCGAAAUGGAAGAAUUCUGGAAACAUGCUCGUCGAGUGGCUGCAAAAGGUCUACGCUGCGGAAGCAGCAAGGGAGAGGCGUCUUCUGGGGAUGCCCUGACUACUGCCGUGGUGGCUACGACAAUACCUACCCCAGAAACCGGAACCAAGGCAAUUUCAAUCCACACGCUAAUGUGCAAAGCUCCAAUUGCGAGCGGCUUACCUGAAGAACUUCCAAAGAGGCACGAACUACACUGAGGCAGCUAAAUACAGAGACCAGAAGCGCUCCACAGGGAAGAAACCCCCGUCACCCAGGUUUCGAUAUCGGAACGGGAAUUCAAAGGACCAAAAUGAAAAGCGGACCUCAAUCCCUCCGUAUGCGAAUAUGGGCAUCUCUACCCCAGUUGCCAGAGUGCCAGACCACUACCUGAAUAUCAGCAACGGGCGCUACGAGAUGACUAUGCACAGAAAAUGGAGGCCCGACGCAACGGGAAUCAGGGUGGAAAAUUUGGAAGAGGAAACAAUCCAGCAGGGGCUAACGUUGGAGGUCAGACUUCAGCGGUGUCGCUGGCACAGGUGUUUGAAGAGCAUCCGGGCCAGGUGGGACAAGGUUAUGGUUACGAUCAAGAUGACCUGGCGACCAUAUCGAGCAGAUACGGGUCGUGCGUCUGGCUGCCCCAAAGGUUAGAGAUUGCAAUGCCAGCCUGUACCUAGGUAAUCACCUCUCAAUUGACACUAUUAGCCACGGCAAUGAAGACAACGG